CACACACUAUGCCCCAGUGUUUGCAAAGGCAAAUUGAUUUGGAUUGUGCUGGUUGGCUGACGUGGGUAUCGCCCGACCAUCAUCACCAGUUGCUAAAGACAUCAGAGGACACUACUGCGGCUCCCAUACUGUGCUAAUCGAAAGCGACGUCGCUCGUAGAAAGCUAGAGGCUACCACGAGUGUCAGCACCAGGAGCGCCUCGUGCCGUUCGCAUCUGUUUUGGCAUAUUGGCAGUGCGAAUGGAACCUACGCCAUCUACACACCGUAUCUAUCAUGAGCGACCUGCAGCGAGCAUGGGCCAAGGCCAAGUACAGAUUAUCUAACGAUACAUUUGACGAGGUCGACGAGGAGCACGAGAAUGAUGUACUCCCUGAGUUGCCGGAGCCUGUCGACGAUGACUCUUCCUCAGCCUCGUCCGCCUCGUCCGUCUCCUCGACAGGAACCAUCAUACCAUCGCCCAACCAGAAGCUGUUCGCUCGACCUCAAGGAGUCGCCCGCGGCAGGACCCUGGAGCAGAUCCCCUGGACAACCUAUUUUGAGCGCGAAUUGUCUCUGAAGUCAGAGCAGGAACCGGAAGUAGUCUAUCAUGCCUACCUCACUUCACCGGUCGGGAAAGGCCCACUGUUUGUGAUGCAUCAUGGUGCAGGAUCAUCAGGGUUGUCGUUCGCUGUUGUUGCUUCCGAAAUAAAGAAGCGGUUGUCAACAGCAGGUAUCCUGGCCAUUGACUGUAGAGGUCACGGGUCCACAAAUGCACCAGGCGACAAGGCACUGGACAUGAGACUGGACACUCUAUCUUCGGAUCUGUUCAGUAUGGUGCAGCUCACAAAGAAUGAGAUGGCCUGGUCAGAGAUGCCCCCGAUAGUGCUCGUGGGACACUCCUUGGGCGGAGCAAUUGUUACUGACCUGGCCAAGUCCGGUAGGCUAGGAACGUCAGUUUUAGGGUAUGCUGUGCUGGAUGUUGUGGAAGGCUCCGCUAUUGAUGCUCUACAAAGCAUGCACACCUACUUGUCUACGAGACCACUGGGCUUUGCAACUCUGCAAGCAGGUAUCGAAUGGCACAUUCGAUCUCGGACGAUACGAAACUCCAUUUCUGCUCGGACAUCUGUUCCUGCGCUACUCGUCUUUAACGAGAACGACGACCCGACAAGGCCGUGGCGAUGGCGGACCAACUUGGGCGCAACACAGCCUUACUGGGAAGGUUGGUUUAUAGGGUUGAGCAAGAAGUUCUUGGGAGCGAAGGGAGGAAAACUCCUACUGCUCGCUGGUACUGACAGACUGGACACCGAGUUGACCAUCGGUCAAAUGCAAGGUUAGUUAACCGUUGGACUAAUGCCGCUUUCUGAACAUUGUGUACUGAUUGACCGAUAGGGAAAUAUGCCUUGCAAGUGUUCCCUGAGGCCGGUCACUUCAUCCACGAAGAUUUGCCGGAGAAGACAGCCGUUUCGCUGGUCGACUUUUUUCGCAGAAACGACAGGAGUGCUCUCGUACUUCCUCCCAAGGUUUCGGAUCUUCUCAAACAGGGCAAAAGAGUAUGAGAAAGACUAAAUUGACAAGGUCUAACGUGUUACUCAUGACGUUGGCUUCAUCAAACCUUGUUUGAUGCCGACCCAACGAGCGGUGGCCCAAGAGCCGGGUUAUACUUUCAAGAUCACAUUGAAAGUGGGUAGGUGAACAUGACAGUCAUGCAAGGUGCAAAUAUGCAACCUGCCACUCCAGGCUCCUUCCGAGCAUCUUACAGCUCGUAGGAGAGGAUAUGAUAGUAGUUCUGAUGGCUGUGGCUAGCAAAGGAACUAUUGGCGGAGGCGUCUAUUGAGCAGAGAUAGACUUCCUAUGAAUAACCGGGCUGGACCCCAAAGAUAGAAGCAUGAAUUGAGGCGCUAAAGGAUCAAUAGUGAUUGCCAAC